AUGCUUGGCGAGAAUGAAACCUUGUCGGCAAAUCUUGACAAUAAUCAACAAAAAAAAAUAUCAUCAUCGAUGUCGAAUGAUACAAAUGAAAAAAGCAUAGUAAAUACGUCGUCAACAUUUUAUGAUAUUACCGAUGCGAAAGAAUCGAUAAAGCCUACGCCUAAUACUCUCCCAGGACUUUCUACUGGAGAGCAAGAAAAAGAAAAAUCCAGUAAUCAAACUCGGUAUAUGGUAAAAAAUCUUGCAGAUGAAAAUCAACACAAGCAGAACCAGACGAAUUCUACACUUGCAUCAUCAUCACGUUCGUCUGAGCCAAGAAAAAAUACAACAACAUCAUUAUUGAUGAUAAAUCGACGACAGACAUAUGUACCAGAAUCUAGCAUGCCUAUUGUGAAUGAUACUACUAGCAUGUCGGCUGUAACUACUCAUGAUAUUACGACAACAUCUAUCGAAAACGAGACCAACAACAACAACAACAACAACAGCAGCACGAGUAAAAGGGAUGAGCAAUAUGUACAUGCUACGCUGAGUGGUGGUGAAAGAGCAUCAAUGGCUGCAUUAGCAAAUGUCGACGGUGGGGCCGAAAAUGAAAGAGAUGGAGAAAAGGGUGAAAGAGAAAAAAGAGAAGACGGGAAUAGAAGAACGCCAACGUCGACGAUGGCGAAAACGCAAGAAAAAACAGAGAGAGAAAGAGCAAAGCAAGCAAAUAAAUAUAUAGAUUCAGUUACUUCGUUUACAAGCGAGCAGCACAGUUGCCCGAGCGUCGUCCGUCUUAGUGUUGACGACUCAAUGGCGAACCGUGUCUCGGCGCCCUCAUUUAAUAAAAAUAAUAAUCGUCAAAAUAUUUCAUCGUCGAAUAAUCGUUCAAGUCGUUCGACACUGACAACACACACGUAUGCAUCGACAAAUACAGUAAAUACAGAACCAACAUAUACAACAACACCGAUAACGGGUGAUCCUCGAACUCUUCAUUCAUAUUAUGUCUCAUCACAAACGUAUUGUCCACCAUCGACGAGUCCGACUAAUUCAUUGACUCUUCAUCAUCGCGAAUAUGAACCUUCAUAUCCAUCUAUAUCACGUUAUCGUACGCCAUCUUCUACAUCACCAUAUCGUAAGGCACAUUACCUAGAUGAUUCGGAUGAAGAAAUAAUCAAUGAGGAAAUACUUGAAAUCACCGAUAUUAAUCAUUAUCCAACAUUAAUAGAACGUUGGGGUGAUGACGCGAAAACAGUGGUUAGAGAAGAAGGUGAAUUAAAAUUUGAAGAUUUUGUUGAAUUUGAAGAAACUGAUCCGACUGUUGUGGAAGAAAUUUUCUAUGAACUUGUCUAUUCUGGUGAUAAUUUAAAAACAUGCCGACAAAUACAUCGUUCACGUUCUGAAUCAAGAAACUUUCGUAAAAUAAAGAAACGUCGUACAAGACGAAAACGUCAAACAUUAGAUGGUACAUCAACAUUAACAUCGCAACCAAGUUCAAGAGAUACGAGUGGUACACGUUCACCAUAUAAAAAUGAUAAUAUAAUUAGUCCUGAACGUUCAACUACACCAAUACAAUCGACACUAUCUGAUUCGUGGCAAUCAACUGGAUUUCUUGCAGCUGAUAAAUCAUCACUUGAUGUAUCUGUACGUAAUCGUUCUGAUGAUCAAAAUUAUGUUAAUUACGUACGAGUCAAUGAAAGUGACCCUAUUCGUUCACAUACUCAAGUUCAACAAGUUCCACAAACGAGAAUAGCAACUGGUUAUCAUUAUCCAUCGAUUCCUAUCGAUACAAAACCUAUAUCAGGAAGAAAUCUAUCUACAAAUGAACGUGAUUCUACACGUCGUGGUGACAAUUUAAAUGAUACUGAUCUAUUUCGUUCACAACCACAAGUUUCACACACAAGAAUAACAACUGGUUAUCAUUAUCCAUCGAUUCCAAUCGAUACAAAAGUUAUAGCAGAAACAAACUUAUACAAUAAUGAGCGUGGUUCUGCACGUCCUGACAAUAAUUUAAAUGAUACGGAUGACUUCGUACCAAUAAUUAGUGAAGAACGAGGAGUAACAAAAAUAAAUAUCACACCAACAAAUAAUGAAUAUCAAACUAGCGACUUAUUGUCAAGAUGUCGAGCUGAUGUAAAUACAACUACAUAUGAAAUUAGUUCUUCGGAUGGUUUGUUAACAUCUACUAGAACAACAGACAAUAUCGAGCAAUCAAGGACAACAAUAAACGAUCAAACAUCUGCUCAGGGAGAAAUCAACGACCGUGAACUGGAUUAUUCUCAUGAUAGAGAAAAACAAAUCAAUAAAACAAUUAUGUCAACCGAUGAUGAACUAGAAAAAGAUGAUGAAGAACCAUCGAGUACAACUGAACAAACAAUAAAAGAAAUAUCAGGAAGAGAUACAGAUGAGGAUGCAUCAUUUUCUGAAAAUGAACAAAUACCAUCAGAAUCUUUCAAAUCAGAUGAACAACAAAAAACAACUGAAGAUUCUCAUCCAUCAUUGUUGUUAUCAUCAUCAACAACAAAUGAAAAACAAGAUGAUCACGAAAUUCAACCGACAACAGCCGAGUCAUCAAUCAAUGAUUUAGAAUCAAAGUCGCAAUCGACAUAUUCAAUUGUAGAACCAUCCGAGACAACUAUUCAUCGAGAGGACAUUGAACAAAUACAAACAACCGACAUUGCUUUACCUAGAAUUUCGAUUGUAACAACGAAAACUUUAUUGGAAAACAUUGACACGCAACCUAUUGAAAUUAGUGUUUCUGAAGAUGAAAAGAUAUCAUCAUCAUUAUCAUCAUCGUCGAAGGGCAAAACAAGUGACUCAAUUGAUGAAAGUAAUCAAGAUCUUCGAGCCUUCAUGAACACACUUACAACUCAUCUUAUGCCUGGAUUACCAACAUCAUUUGAUGAUGAAACCGAAGAUGAACAUUCGUUUGUGUCUGAAACAAAAUCAUCUGAAGAACUAGUAACACAAGAUGAGCAAGUUCUUAAUUAUAUUCCACGAAAAUCGAUUGAAGAUACUAAAGACAUAUUCGAUCAAUCAUUCGAGGAAUUUUCCUUAGAGAAAAAUGAUGAAAUCAAAACGGAAAUUGAUGAACAGCAAGACAAAAGCGAACCAUCUUCUUCGUUAAUUCCUACAAUGGAAACUAAAACUUCAACAUUUGAACAAUCAGAUUUAGAUAAACAAAGUUCAACAACACACGAAGCAAUAAUUUUAUCGAAAGAUUCUCUAGUCAAUGUUGUUGAACAAAUGAAAUCUCAAGAUAAACAACAUUUAGAUCAAGAUGAACCUGAUAGUUUUUCUCAGGAUUCUUCGACUACAACAACUGAAAUAUUUGCAACUCAAUUACAACCAAAACCAAUACUAAUUUAUGAUACAGAAGACGUAACACAAAAGCAGCCACUAACUGUUAAUGAUGUUGCUCAAGUUACUAAUGAAACGAAUUAUUUUCAAUCUCCUCUUGAGAAAGAAAAAAUACUUACAGAUACUCAGGAAUUCAUCGAACCGAUAACACAACACGAUACAUUACUAUCAGUUGAAUCAACAAUUGAAAGUAAUCAAUAUGUCAUCAAGCUAGACGAAGUACCACAACAACAACCAGUAUCUAGUACUUUAUCUGGAACUGAUGAAACCAUCGAAAAAUCAACAUCGCACGAUGAUCAAUCAUCAGUUGAAUCUCAAUCAAAACAAGAAGUCGAUGAGCAAAAACCAUUCGAAUCUUCAGUAGAUAUUGUUCGUCAGAUGGGUCCUGCACUGCAAAUUAUUCGUCUUCCAUCGACUGAUAAUAAAACCGAAACUACGCAUAUUUUGCAACAAGACAUUGAAAAGUCAUUAGUUGACUCUCAUGUAGAUAUCGUAUCAACCAGUGAAAGCAUUCCCAGUGAACUAGUGACAACGAAAGAAGAUCAACCAGAACAUAUUUCAUACGAAACUAUGACAGAAUCUAUUCGUGAAAUUAUCACAGAAAUUACAACUCCUUCAGAACAAACAUGUGACAUUACUAUGCAACAACAACAAGAUGAACAUGUUCCUGAAGUGCAAACUACAUCGUCAACAUCACUCGAUUUACCUGCCACAGAAACUACUUGUCCUAAAAGAGUUGAAGAUCAUGUUAACGAACAACUUACUACAAACACUCUUACAACUACUUCGCAAAUUACAGACCAAACAGUUUCUGAAGAUUAUCAACUGACUGCUGACGAUCUUGAAAAAACAGGUGAAACCGAUCGUCCCUCUUUGGAUGUGUUAACAGAAGCUGCUCGUGAAAUAAUAACCACAACAACAACUACUUCUAUUGAUCAGCCAUCAGUUAUAAUAAAAACAGAUGCCGUUGAAAGUGUCGAUUUUGUUCCAUCUCCAUCAACAACAUUAGAAAAAAUUAACAAAGUAGCAAUACCUUUAGAUGAAAAAGAAAUAUCUUUUGAAAUACUAACAAAAACAACAACAGCAGAACAAAACACAUUUGUUGAUAAGUACGAAGAGAAACCAUUGAUCGAAAAUCUUGCGACAAUUAUCCAUGAAGAUUUGCCAACUACUCAGCAAGAUCAAGAGCAAUAUGUUUUAGAAACUGUCGAAGAGUCUGUUCAACAACACGAAACACCGAAAUUUGAUCAACCUCAAAUUCAAGAAAUCAUUCAAACAGUUACCGAUGAAUUUCAACCAGAAACUCAUAUAGAAAAACAUGAAAUUGCCGCGGAAAAUGUUAUCAUACCAGAUAAUGUUCAACAAACAUCUGAUUCGCAAAUCAAAGCAGAAACAAGCUCGGAACAUAUAGAUUUAGAUGAACCAACAAGAACAACAUUUACUACUGCAGUUGAAAGCACUAAUGAACAGCCAGAAACAACAAGUCUUUCAUCUCUAAAUUCGGGAAAAAAUGCUCCAGAAACUCUAGUUCUGCCAAUUGCUGCUGAUCUUCCAAUAGUCGAUCCUACUGUAAGCCCGAAACUCGAGAAGGAACAAACAAUUCCAAAAACAUUAAUCGAUUCAUUUGGUCAAAUUACUGGAGCAUUCGUAAGAACACUUUCUGGUACAGCACUAAAAACCGAAGAAAACUUAAUAGAAAAAACAGAUAUUAAUCUAGAAGCACAACAAUCACUUAGCACAUCAUCUUUAGUCGAAUCGGUCGAAAUUUCGACAUCAGAUAAUCAACAAGAAUCAAUCAAAGAUAACAACCUUGGACAAGAUUCAUUGAAAGUGUUGAGUGAAGUGUGUUCAGCAGCUCUCGCUACACCCAUUACUUUGGAUGUUCCAACAGCUGAUCACAAACUAGACUCAACAAUUGAGCCGGAGCUAUUAGUUCCAAAGCCAUCUAUAGAAUCACUUACUCAAAUUAUUAAACAAGCUACCACAAUUGAAUCCGCAGAAAGGAAAUCCUAUGCUGAAGAAACACUACAUUCGCAUAUUAAAGAAGAUGCAACUACAGAAUCACCACCAACAUCUCCUGGAGACGUCACAAAUAGAGAUGAAGUUGAACACGUGAAAUCAACAACAGUGAUUCAAGCACCCUCGUCCGAUAUUGUCGCUGAAUUAAAUGAACCAUUUGACAAACUUCAAACUUCCCUGAAAACAACACCGUCAGAAGAAAACCCAGAAGACAAAAACGAAGAACAAAAGCGACACGAUGAACAAAUUUCAAUGCAACCAUUAACAGAAGCUCUUCCUGAAAUUCUUACUACAUCAGCUGCACCACAUCAACCCACUGUAGAACAAAUCCUACUGGAAGCAACUAAAAAUGAACAUAUAUUGGAAACACCAACAAUCCCAUCGAUCACCGAAACAACAAAAACAAUCCUGAUAGUAACACCGACAGAACUUACUGUACUCGAAGAAGAGAAAAUUAAACCAGCCGAUCUGAAAGAUGAAGAAUUACAACAUCCGAUCGUCACAUCAUCAAACAUUCAAAUUAGUGACGAAAUCAUCCAGGACGAUCCACAAAAACCAGUCACAGAGUCUACAACAAAACCAGCUGAUCAUGUUUCUACAGAGGCACUCACUGAAGCACCUCGUGAAAUAAUUGCAAUUCCAGUCACUCUACAUCAGCCAAUUGACACACGCGAGGAAGUACAAGCUAUUGAAAAUCAAACAAUAGUGGAAGAGCCAUCAUCAGAAACUAUCAUUGAACUUAACAAACAACUUCAAGAAAUUGAAUCCUCAUUAUUUGGAACACCUGAUGAAGAGAAGCCAGCACCAGUCGAUAUCCAACAUGAUGAUAAACAACAAUUGCACACAACACCAACUAAUAUUGAAACCACAGAAGAUAUCACUACACAAGUUCAACAACCAGCAAUAACAGAGCCUACAACAGAAUUAGCUGAUCAUGUUUCAACAGACGCACUCACUGAAGCUGUUCGUGAAAUAAUUGCAAAGCCACUUAUUGCUGAUAUGCCAACAGAGCAACAGCAAACAACUCAAGCAUCAUCGUUGUCAUCCAUCAUCGAAAUACCAACAUUUACAGAACUGACUACGACACCUGAGGAAACAAUUCAACCUGUCGAUGUGAAACAACAACAAUUACAACAGGCAAUUGCAACAUCACCGCAUAGUGGAAUUGUUGACCAAAUCACAAUGGAAAAACAACAACCGGUGUUUGUAGAGCCUACAACAGAAGUAGCUGAUCGUGUUUCUACACAGGCACUCACUGAAGCGGUUCGUGAAAUAAUUGCAACACCACUUAUUGCCAAAAUACCAACAAAAGAACACGUUGAAGAACGAACAAUUGAAACUGAGGCAAUAACGAAAAAGUCAUCAUCCGAAACUAUCGGUGAACUUAAAACAGAAAUUGAAUCCUCAUUAUUUCAAACACCUGAUGAAGGGAAGCCAGAAUCAAUGCAUAUCCAACAUGACGAUGAACAACAAUUGAGCACAAUACCAACCAAUCUUGAAACCACAGAAGAUAUCACUACACAAGUUCAACAACCAGGAAUCACAGAGCCUCCAACAGAAUUAGCUGACGAUGUUUCUACAGAGGCACUCACCGAAGUUGUUCGUGAAAUUAUAGCAAGGUCAGCUAUUGCAGAUAUACCAACAGAAGAAAACGUCGAACAAAAAACAGUUGAAAGUCCUACGAUUGUCGAAAUACCAGCACCGGCAGAAAUCAUUACAACGCAUGAAGAAAUAAUAGAACCUGUCGCUGUCAAAGAAGAGCAAUUACUCCAAGCACCUAUAACAUUAGCGACUCCUGAUAUUGUUGAAGAAAUCACGAAGGACGAUCAACAACCAUCAUUCAAAGAGCCAACAGCCGAAGCAGCGGAUCACGCUUAUACAGAGGUACUCACUGAAGCUGUGCGUGCAGUAACCGCAACGCCAGUCAUUGCUGAUUUACCAAAAGAAGAACAUGUUGAAGAACGAACUAUUGGAACACCAACGAUUGUCGAAAUACCUGCAUCGGUAGAAGUCACUACAACGCAUGAAGAGAAAAUCGAACUUGUUGCUGCCAAAGAAGACGAAUCACAACAAGCACCACUCACACAGCCUACAACAGACUUAGCUGAUCAUGUUUCUGCAGAGGCACUCACUGAAGCUCUUCGUGAAAUAAUUAAAACGCCACUUAUUGCUGAUAUACCGAAAGAAGAACACGUUGAACUAACAACAUUUGAAACUCCGUUGAUUCUCGAAAUGCCUGCACCAGGAGAACUUACUACAACACAUGGAGAGAAGCUCGAACCUGCCGCUGUGAAAAAAGAAGAAUCCCACGAACCAGUCGCCAUGUCACCGCCUUCUGAAAUUAUUGAAGUAAUCGCAAAGGAAGAUCAUCAAACGCUAGUUGUGGACCCUUCAACAGAAUUAGCUGAUCGUGUUUCUACACAGGCGCUCACUGAAGCUGUUAGCGAAAUAAUCCCAACACUAGUUAUUGCAGAUAUACUGGCACAGCAACAUGUUGAAGAGCGAACGAUUGCAGCUGAGACAAUAACUGAAGAGCCACCAUCCGAAACUAUUGCUGAAAUUAAAACAGAAAUUGAAGAAAUUGAAUCCUCAUUGAUUGGAACACCUGAUGAAGAGAAGCCAGAAUCAGUCGAUAUUCAACAUGAUGAUAAACAACAAUUGCACACAACACCAACUAAUAUUGAAACCACAGAAGAUAUCACUACACAAGUUCAACAACCAGCAAUCACAGAGCCUACAACAGAAUUAGCGGAACAUGUUUCUACAGAGGCACUAACUGAAGCUGUUCGUGAAAUAAUUGCGACGCAGAUUAUUGUUGAUAUACCAAAAGAAGAGCAUGUUCAACAACCAGCAUUCGAAACUCCAUUGAUUGUCGAAAUACCAGCAUCUGUAGAAUUGAAUACAACAUCUGAGGAAAAAUUCGAACCUGCCGCUGUGAAAGAAAACGAAUUACAACAGGCAAGCGUGACAUCGCCCGUUUCUGAAAUUGUUCCCGAAAUCACAAAUGAAGAUCAACAACCGGUAUUGGCAAAGCCUACUACGGAAGUAGAGGAUCAUGUUUCUACUGAGGCACUCACUGAAGCUGUUCGUGAAAUUAUUGGCUCACCAGUUAUUGUAGAUAUACCAAAAGAAGAGCAUGUUGAACAACCAACAUUUGAAACUCCGUUGAUUGUCGAAAUACCUGCACCGGCAGAAGUUAGUACAACAGAUGAAACGAAAACCGAACCUACCGCUGUCAAAGAAGAGCAAUUACCAGAAGCUUCCCUCACAUCCGCGGCUCCUGAAUUUGUUGAAGAAAUCAGGAAGCAUGAUCAACAACCAGCAGUCACAGAGCCUACUACGGAAGUAGAGGAUCAUGUUUCUACCGAGGCACUCACUAAAGCUGUUCGUGAAAUAAUUGCAAGGUCAGUUAUUGCAGAUGUACCAACAGAAGAACACGUUGAAGAACGAAUAAUUGAACCGCCAAUGAUUGUCGAGAUACCUGCACCGGUAGAAGUCACUGCAACGCAUGAAGAGAAAAUCGAACUUGUUGCUGCGAAAGAAGACGAAUCACAACAAGUUUCCGUCACAUCAGUGGCUCCUGAAUUUGUGGCAGAAAUCACGAAGGAAGAUCAACAACCAGCAGUCACAGAGCCCACAACGGCAGCAACUGAUUAUGUUUCAACAGAGGCAGUCACUGAACCUGUUCAUGAAAUAAUUGUAACGCAGGUUAUUACUGAUAUACCGAAAGAAGGCCAUGUUGAACAACCAGUAUUUGAAACUCCAUCGAUUGUUGAAAUACCAAUAUCUGUAGAAUUGACUACAACAUCUGAGGAGAAAAUCGAAGCUGCCGCUCUCAAAGAAGAAGAAUUACAACAGGCAAUUGCGACAUCAUCUGAUAGUGGAAUUGUUGAAGAAAUUACAAAGGAGGAUCAGCAGCCAGCAGUCGUAGAGCCUACCACAGAAGCAGCUGAGGAUGUUUCUACUGAGGCACCCAUUGAAGCUGUUCAUGAAAUUAUUGCUACGCCAGUUAUUGUCGAUAUACCAAAAGAAGAACAUAUUGAAGGCCGAACAAUUGAAACUCCAUUGACUGUCGAAAUACGAGCACCAGGAGAAGUUGCGACAACAGAUGAGGAGAAAAUGGAACCAGUCGCCGUGAAAGAAGAAGAAUCCCACGAACCAGUCGCCAUGUCACCGCCUUCUGAAAUUGUUGAAGUAACCGCAAAGGAAGAUCAUCAACCGCUAGUUGUGGAGCCCUCAACAGAAUUAGCUGAUCGUGUUUCUACACAGGCACUCGCUGAAGCUGUUAGUGAAAUAAUCCCAACAUUAGUUAUUGCUGAUAUACUGGCACAGCAACAUGUUGAAGAGCGAACGAUUGAAGCUGAGACAAUGACGGAAAAGCCAUCAUCAGAAACUGUCGUUGAGCUGAACAAAGAACUUGAAGAAAUGGAAUUGUCAUUAUUAGGAACACCUCAUGAAGAUAAGCCAGAAUCAAUGGAUAUGCAACUUGAUGUUGAAGCGCAAUUGAGCAUGACACGAAGCAAUAUUGAAACUUCAAUGGAUAUCAGUACAGAAGAUCAGCAACCACCUGUUGUAGAGACGAUAACAGAAGUAGAUGAUCGUGAAAUAAUUGGAACUGCAGUUUCUGUUCAAUUACCAACAGAGGAACGUGCUUUAGAAGCAACUGUUGAAAAUGCAUCGAUUGUCGAAACGGUAAUAUUUACAGAAGCUACUACAACAGACGAGGAGAGAACUCAACGAGCGGGCGCAAAAGAAUUAGAGUUACCACAAUUAAUUGUCUCAUCGGCUGAUGCUGAUAGUGUGGAAAACGUUACAGAAGAGUGUCAUCAAACAGAAGUCUUAGAGGCGACGAAAGAAGUAGCUGAACGUGUUUCUUCCGACGCAGUUGUCGACGCUGUUUGUGAGAUUGUUGGAACACCAGUUAUUGUUGAGUCCCAGCAAGUCGAGAAUACGGUACAGGAAAGAUUCGAAACGACGUCAUUGCCAUAUUUUCAUGAAGCUCCUGAUCAGAUGGAAUCAGUUACAUUUGCAGAUAUAAUUGCAGCAGAGGAAGAAAUGAAUAAAUCCUUGGAUCGUAUACAAAAAGAAGUAGAGCAAUCAACAAGUGUACCAGUAGUUGCUAUGGUCAGUACAGAAGAAAUCAAAACAGAAGACGAUCAAUCAGUAGUUGCAGACAAGCCGAACGAAGACGUUGCUGAAGAAAUGUCUUGGGAUGCAUUAACUGGAGCAGUUCGUGAAAUUCUCAGUACAACAGUUAUUGCUGAUCUUCCAGUAGUCGAGGAUAACCUUCAACAAACACCUCAAACUGAAGCAAUACCAGAAACACCUUUGUUGUCAUCGCUUUCUGAAAGUAAAGAUGAACUCAAAACAAUGUCACCAUUGGAGAAAACUACACUAGAAGAAGAAGAACGAACAGAACCAUCGGAUACUAAACAACAAGAAUUACAAGAAUCAAGUUUGAUACCAUCUAUUACUGAAAUUGCAGUAGAAAGUAGUACAGAAGAACAAGAAGCUGAACGAAUCGCUUCCGAAACAUUAAGUGAAACAGUUCGUCAAAUUCUUGCAACACCAGUAACUGUUCAUCUUCCAACUGUAGAACACUCGAUACAAGAAGCUACUGAACAUGAACCAUCACUGGAAAGAACAUUAUCAGCAUCUCUUGAUGAGGCUUCUGAUCAACUCGAUAAGUUAUUGUCUUCAACAGAUAGUUUAGCUGUAGAAAAAAUAACGGAAGUCGAAGUGAGAAAGCAUGAUGAAGUACAACAACCAACGAUAACAUCAUUUACUACACAGGAAAUAGAGGUAAGAACAACAGAAGAUCAAUCAUCAUCAAACGCUGACACGAAAACAGAAGAAGUCGCUGAACGUAUUUCUUCGGAAGUGUUGAAUGAUGUUGUCCGUGAAAUUAUUUCUACACCUGCAACUGUUGAGAUUCCAGCGAUUGAUAUUAUACCCGACAGCAAAAUUACAACUAUUGAAGGAGAAGCGGACAAAACAUCCGAUGAAACAAUAUCUUCAGUUCUAGAACAAGAAGUACCAGUUGUUCUACCAGCUGAAGUAGUAACAGAAGAAAAACUUCAACUAACAGAUACGACGUUAACUGAAGAACCACAGUUAAGUGCGCCUGCGUCAGUUAUGGAAAUUAAGGCCGAACCAACAGCAACAAAAGAUGCAAUGACUGAACAUGAAGUUGAAUCAUUGCCAUUGAAAUCAUCAAAUGAAAUUGUUCCAGAAACGACGGAUACAUCAGUUAAUGCAAAUUUGUCUUUUGUUGAUGAUAAAUCAAAAACUACUGAACAGAUCGAACAACCAGUCAUACUUUCUGAAAGUAGUGCCAUGGAAAAAAGUGAGGCUAUUCCGGAAAAUGUUAUUUCUAUUACAACAAUAACUACCACAGCUCACACGGAACAAACACCAGCUGAAAAACAAAGUCCAUCUAACGACCAAAAGGAAAUAGAAGAAGAAGAAGACGAAGAAACUUUGUCAACAGAUCUAUCACGAGAAGGCGUCAACCAAGUUUCAACUGCACCAAUACAAACUGAUAUAUCGUUGGUUGAAACUAGUUUUAUAAUUUCUGCUGAUACAAUAGAUGUAAAUAUUGAGAAAAAUGUUGAAAAACAAUUAGAUUCAAUUACAGCAGCAAGCGUAACUGAACAUGUUGAAAAACAUGUUACAGGUGCGAAUGCAAUGUAUUUCGAAGACACAACUCAUGACAUUGUAACAAUACCAACCGCUAAUGAUAGAAUCGAAAUUGUAACUCCGGUUGAAGAAGUAAAACAGCCAACAUAUACGUCAAUUGAAGUCGUUCAUGAAACUAUUACAGUAACACCCGAAGUGGAUUCGGACAAGAAAGAAAUAUCAUACGUUCAAACUCAGCUACGUGAAUCUGACGAAGUUAUGUCUCUUCCAAAUAUAAUUACAUCGUCUGAAAUGGAACCAGUUCCAGUUCAAUCAACUCCUACAGUUAUUAGUGAACAACCAGAUCAAGAAACUUCUCUUCAAGAUAAUGUUUCAAGUUCUGAAAUGAAAAUUGUGUCCAGUGAAUCAGAGUCACCAGUUCAUCCAUUGGAUUUUACGCUAUCUGCUUCUUCGAAAGAGGAAUUGUCAUCUCAACAUGAUAACGAAAUUAUUUCGCCAGCAUUAUAUGGCACAAUAAAAAAUCUUGUUGAUGAUGCCAUUGUUGAUGCAUGUUGUAUGCUUGAACAAACAGUUCCUGAUCAAAUCACCGAUCAAUCACUAACCUCGACAUAUACCGUAUCAGAUGAAUAUCCUAAAGAAGUUACUCCUGAUAUAAAUUUAAUAAAUGAUCUUGAAACUAAAGCGGUGGAUGAUUAUUCUUCAAUAUCUGGUCUAACAAAUAUCGUCAAUGAUUUAGUUAAAAUUUCAAAUGAAGCAUCUCCAGAAUCGUCUAUUUCAAAUGAAGAUAAUAAAGUUAUUGUUUCUCCAAAAUCAGAUUUUCAUGAACAAAUUCAAACAACUGAACUUCCGAAUAUUGCUGAUGCAACUACAAAAACAUUGAAUAUUCAAACAAGUUUUCCGGAACAAUUCGAUAUCUCAGAAGAUACACCUUUACAACGAGCCAGUGCCGUUAAACCAACUUUUGUAAUUGGUGAUCUAGAUCAAGAUAUUACAGAUGAAGAACCACCAACAUUUUUUGUGCCGGAUACUCCAACAAAUUCAGAAGCAAACUUUAUAGCACUAUACGAACAUCGACAUUUCGUAUCAAAUGCAGACGAAGAAUCAUCGUCACCGUUCACUCCUGCAGAUAGUCAAACAUCACUUGAAUCAGUGACUCAACUAGAAGAGAAAACAUAUGUAUCAGAUUCGCCUUUGGCAUAUUUUGAGCUACAAGAAAAACGUCAUACAUUAAUGUCUCCUGAAAAAUCAACUGAAUCUGAUAAAACAGAACAAUCUACUUCUUCUUUAACCACAUGGACAACAAUGGAACCGUUUAUUGCUAAUGAAGAACAACAAAAGAAACCAGACAUAUCAGAUAUUAAUCUUGAUGAUCGUUCCUAUGAAUAUGCUCGAAAAUUUGAUUUAGAAUCUCCUUCAGUUGUAUCACAUUUGCCUUCAAGAGAAUAUCAUCAAGUAUUCGGUGUAUCCGAAGAUAUCAUUAAAACAGUUGAUGAUAUGACAGAUCAUGUUCAACAAGCACUCUCAACAGAACUAGAACAAAAUCAACAACCGGUUACUUCAGAUGAAAUAUCAAGUCUACUCUCUGAAUCGAAUGAAAACUUAGCAUCCGAAGAUAUUCAAUCUGCAUUGUUCUCUACAGAUGCACCUGUUUCCGAGAGUGUAAAAAGAAUCACAGAAGCACUUGCAGCACUUGAAUUCGAUCUACGCGCGCAGCAAGAUAAUAUACAAUUACAUGAAAGUUCAUUUCUAGAAACAGAUGAACAUGUAGUCGAUGAAAACAAUAUAGUAUCUUCUAAACUUGCAGCAGCACUAACUGAUGAUAUCGAACAAACAUUGAAAGAUCAUCCACCUGUUUUUUCACCUGAAAAGGAGUUCAGUAAUGAAGAUUUAUUACCAGCAGAAAUAAAAAGCGAAAAUGUCGGUGAAAUUACAUCAACGGUUGAAUUAGAUUCACAAUAUUCGAAAUUACAAGAUCUAAUUGAUAGUUUAAAAGAACCAUUGGACGAUUUACAAUCAUCUUCAUCAUCAAUUGUUGAACACCAAUCAAUAACAACAGACAUUGAAGAAAAGACGGAUGAUGAUUAUCAUCUAGAAGAUCGAUAUGAUACGCUUAUUGACCAUAUUACAAAACUUGAAGAAGCUACACAUGAAAGUCUUAUUCCUGAUACUAAUCAAGAGGUUGUUCUAUUACCACAAGAUGAUAAAUCAGUUGACGAUAAUAUGACCAGUGAUGAUCUAGUUAAAACAGUCGAAGAAAUAUUUGCUUCACCUGUCUGUUCAGUUAUUAAUCCAUAUGAAAAAAUAGCCAGUGAAGAAGGAAUCAACUAUUCAAAUCUUGCAGUGACUCUCGAACAAAUGAUCGCACAAACGCAAUAUCCAACAAAAUUCACCAAACUAGCAGCACCAACUGACUUAACUUUAUCUUCAAAUGAACUGGAACAAAAACAACAAGAAGAAACACAAGUAGUAGAAUCUCACAAUGAAAUACUUACUUCAACAUCCAUCGAUCAAAAAGAAAUAUUGAAUCAAGACGAUUUACCGGAGACAGAAAAAAUACAACCAUCAAGCAUUUUUGAAAAAGGUAGAUCAGCCAUUACCGAUGCUCUGACACUACUUACUGAUGCUACCCUACAAUCGAGUACAACUGAUGAGAUAACUAGUUCGGCAGAUUCGAGUUUCCACGACAACAGUGAUCUUCAAGCAAAAUUUAUAGCAACUAUUACGGAGACAACCACAACUACUCAACCAGUAAUUACAUCUGAAGAAGUAAUAAGCUCACCUGAAACAAAAGAUGAACAUAUCGUUCAGACAUCAUUGAACGACAAUGAAAUAAAACCAGAAGACAAACAAAUACAAACAUUGGCAACAGAUGUAUUAUCAAGUUCAGCUAUUUUAUCAUCAAGUAUGAUUCCAUCGACAACAACAGAAGUAAAUGAUACAGAAAAACAUGUUGAGAACUCAGAAAUCGCAUCGAGCCCAGCAGCAGGUUACUUUAGUAGUAGUGAUGUUUAUCAUGCAUACAAACAACCAAUUGAACCUGUAAUUGAAAAAGAACCAACAACGGAAACUCACGAUGAAGUCACUUUAGCCAGUCAAGUACCAAUCAUCGAUGAAGAAAAAUCAGCUCCAGUCGUAGUCGAACAAGAAGUUGACGUUUUAAAAUCAGUUUCAGAAGAAAAAGAGAGUGUCGAUGAAGAUACAUCAUCCGUUGGACUAUUGGAAACAUUAAAAAGUUAUUUACCAGCAUCAAUUCGAUCAACAGAAAUAGAAGAGACCACUUCUGAAACGCCUAGCGUAUCAAAUACGACAGACGAAGAUACUACUACGUCGUCAAUGACUGGCUCGAUGGUAGCUUCAGUAUCAGAAGAACAUUUGACUGAAAGUGUAGAACCAUUAAUUGAAGCAUCCGAAAAAUCAUCAAUGUCCAGUCCAGUAGCAGGUUAUUUCAGUAGUAGUGAUGUUUAUCAUGCUUAUAAACAACCAAUUGAACCGGUCUUUGAAGAAGAACCAGAAUCAUCCAGUCUGAUUGAAAAAGCCACAACAAUUGUUAGUAGUAUCAUUUCUAGUCUCACAAGUGCUGUAACAACAACAGACAGUACACAAGAUUCGAUUUCUACUGUUGAUGAAACACUUUCACAUUCAGCUGUAGUAGAAGAUGAAACUAAAAUUUUGAAACCAUUACCCGACGAACAAAAUAUCCAGCAAGAAUCGUUAUCGUCACCAAUCAUGUUAGAAGAGGUUAAAACUGUAUUACCAUCCGAUAUUUCGUUAACAGCAACAGAUCAAAUUACUUCUGAAGAACCAGUAGUAUCAUCGCCGUUAGAAGAAGUCGUAGUAGCGGAUGUUCCUGAUGAAGAUCUUAGUAAAUCAGAGCAACAAAAAAUUGAAACGAUGAAACCGGUAGAAAUUUCAUCACCAGUGACUGGUUACUUCACCAGUAAUGAUGUUUACCAUGCAUACAAACAACCCAUUGAGCCCAUCUUGGAAAAAGAACCGGAAUCACCCAGUCUUGUUGAACAAGUCACAAACAUUGUUAGUCAUAUUAUCACUGAUUUCACAAGUCAUUUGCCAACAUUAUCAACAACUGAAACAGAACUCACCAGCGAACCAUCGAUCACUGAAAUAGAGAUGUCAGCUCCAAUUGCAGUCGAUGAAGAAAUAAUCGCACUAAAAUCAACUCUAGAUGAACAAGAGACUGCGCCAGAGGAAGCAUCUUCAACAGGCCUAUUAGAAACAUUGAAAAGUUAUUUACCAGCAUCAAUGCGAUCAACAGAACUAGAAGAAAUCAUUUCUGAAUUACCAGCUGAGUCAACAAAGAUUGAUGAAGAAACUGUGGCAUCUUCUAGUACUCCUGCAGUAGUCACUUCAGUGUCAGAAGAACAUUUGACAGAAGGAGCAGAAAGCGAAAAAUCAUCCAUCUCAAGUCCAGUAGCAGGUUAUUUCAGUAGUAGUGAUGUUUAUCAUGCUUAUAAACAACCAAUUGAACCAGUCUUUGAAAAAGAGUCCGACUCAUCCAGUCUUGUUGAACAAGUCACAAACAUUGUUAGUCAUAUUAUCACUGAUUUCACAAGUCAUUUACCAACCUUACAAUCUCACGAAGAAGUCAGUCAAGCACCAAUCAUUGAUGGAGAAAAAUCAACUUCAGAAGAAAAAGUGAUUGCCGAUGACGAUACAUCUUCCACUGGUCUAUUAGAAACAUUGAAGAGCUAUUUACCAGCAUCUCUUCUAUCAGCAGAAAUCACUUCCGAAACACCAACUGAAUAUACUAAGGCUGUGGAAGUAACUGUGCCUUCAUCUAGUACAGACACCGUAGCUACUACAGCCACUACAGAACAAAUUGAAAAGACAGAAAACGAAUUGAUGGCAAGUCCUGUAGAAGAUGUCGUACCCGAUGUUUCAAGUUCACUGAAUGAAGACAAAGUUAAAGUAGACGCUCCAAAAUCUGUUGAAAGUGUCGUUCCAUCAACUGAAGAAGUUCAAGAAAUGAUUGUUUCAAAACCAUUGGAAGUUUCGAAAGAAGAACAGCAACAACAAGAAUCAUCGCCGGUUGUAUCUGAAAUUACCACGAGCAUUGUCACAACGACUACUCUACCUGAUACAUCCACUAUAGACAUUAGUAAAGAAGAACCCCAAAUAGAACGUGCUCUACCGUUGAUGGAUAUUCAACAACCACAACAAGAGCAAGAAGUCUCAGAUCAGCAAGAAAUUGUUGCUAGCCAGUUUGAUAUCUCCCAUGUAGAAGAACCGGUUGUUGAAGAAAAAGGUUUAACAAGUGAAAGUGGUCAAGAUAAGUCUGCUAUUAUGGAUGCGAUUCAUGCAGUCCAAGAUAUUUUACCGACAUCAGUUACUUCACAUACUGAUAUCCAAGAAGAAAAACCAAUUUCUAAGGAUGACGAACCAGAAAUUUUAACCACCACCUUACAAACAUCAGUAGCUGAUGAAAUCAAGCACCAAGAUAACAUUGAUUCUGUUGAACAAGAUUCAUCAGUUAACACAGAAAUGAUCUCAAAUAUGGUAUCUUCCAAUGAGAAAUCAAUUGCUCCUGAAGUUUCCUCUACAGUAGAACAAGAAUUGACUGCAGAACAAUUAGAAAAUUUUGGCAUUACUGAAGAUAAAGGAUCACUGAUUGAAAUUGCUAAAGAAAUCCUCGCGGCUCCACUUCAAUCUGCUGUUGACAAAUAUGAAAAAAUUAUUGCUGAACAAGAGCAGCCAACAUCAACAACGACUGUUCAAACGGUUGAUGAACAAGAAACGUUAACUACGAUUACUAACAUCGCACAAGAUGAAAUAACAACACAAGAACAAAUAGAACAGCAACCAUCACAACAACUUCAAGUUAUUGGUGAUGAUUAUCCAUGGUAUUCAAACUAUUAUACGAUUGCUGAUGCAGAUGGAAAAUUAGGUCCAUUAUACGAAACUCUAACAAAUACUAUCAAACAACUCGAACAAAGACCACCUCCAACGAUAGUCGAAGUUCAACCUGAACCACAUGAAAGAGUUGUUAUACCAGACUAUGAUCAUCAAACAUUGACUGAGACACAAGAUACAAGAGAAAAAGUUCAUGAAUUAGCUCAACUAAGUGCAACACUUACAUCAUCGAUGACACCAACACAAGACGAGCAAAUCAACGAUGAAAACGGAUUUCAAGUUGUACAUCGUCGAAAACGUGCACCAUCAUCAACAGCACAAGAAGAGCCAUCAACGAAUACAAAAAUUCCAAGUGAAACAACUCCCAGUCCAGAUAUAGAUCUCAUUCCAGUAGUUAUUCACGGACAUCCGGUUUCACCAACUAGUUCUAUGUCAACAAGUGUCUCAGAAAAUAGUGCAAUAACUAGCAGUACAACUAGUAAGAAGAAGCAUCACAAAAUAAAGAAAGAUGAAGAAAUUAUUUUCUUUGAUGCUCCUGUACCAUCCAUAUCUGAUACGGAUAAACACGAGUCAGAUACUGCCAAAUCAGAAGCAGUUGAAGAACAUAUGGAAAUCCUUGAACCACAAGUAUUAUCGUUCGUUCAUACAGAUGACUCCACGGAAAUCAAUCAAUCAUUAUCAACAGUAAAACAUGAAAUCGACCAUCCAUCAGACAACAUUAAGCAUGAGCUCGAUCACUCAUCAACCGAAAUCAAACUUCAACAAGAUGAACCAACAUUGGAAGUAAAAUCUCAGCAAGAUGAGCCACCAGUCGAAGUGAAAUCGCAACCAGACCAACCGUUGGAAGAAAUAAAACUGCAACAAGUUGACCCAUCAGUAGAAGUGAAACCUCAAGAAGACCAACCGUUGGAAGAAUUCAAACUUGAACAAGGUGAACCGCCAGUGGAAGUGAAAUCGCAACCAGACGAGCCAUUGGUAGAAAUCAAACCUAAAAAACGUCAAUCAUUCGAAGAAGUUCAAUUUCAACAAGUUGAGCCAUCAGUAGAAAUGAAAUCUCAGCAAGACCAACCGUUGGAAGAAAUCAAACCUCAACAGGGUGAACUAUCGGAAGACAAAAAACUUGAAGAAGUCAAGCUUCAACAAGGUGAACCAUCGGAGGAAACAAAACCUCAACAACUUGAAUCACCAGCAGAAAUACAGUUUCAACAAGACCAAUUAUUCGAAGAAAUCAAGCAUGAGUUGGAUCAGACCUCAGAAGAAAUUAAACUUCAACAAGAUCGACCACCGGAAGAAAUAAAAGAUCAAGAAGAUGAGCGAUCAGUAGAAGUGAAAUCUCAAGAAGACCAACCGUUGGAAGAAAUCAAAUUGCAAGAAGGUGAACCAUCAGUUGAAGUAAAAUCUCAACAAGAUGAACCAUCGAACAAAAUAGAUUCUCAGCAAGACCAACCGUCAGGCGAUAUUGGACAUGAAAUAGAUCAUCCAUCUGAAAACAUUAAACAUGCGAUUGAGUUAUUACAUCGAACAGUUGAUGAGCUGAAACAAACUUUAACAGAUACAAACAGUGACGAACAGCGUGGUGAAAUUUUGUCAGCAUCAGUCGCUUCUGAUAUCGCAGCACCUGAACAAGUAGAUGAUGAUAAUAACGACUCGACGUCUUCGGAUGCUUCACAGUGGUUGUCAUCCUCAUUUGUAACUUUUCCAGAAGAUGCUAAACUUGAUACACAUGCCACUGAACAAAAUAUUGUUACGCAAGUUGUUUCGACAGCUGUGUUAAGUGAACAUGAGUCGGCGAAAUCAGAAGUAUUGUCAAGUUCAUCAUCUAUUAAGAAGAAGAAAAUUAAAGUACGGUCGGCGGAUCAAGAAAAACAUCAGGAAGCCGAAGUUAUAUCAUCAACGGUAGUUAUUGAAGAACCAAAGGUAGUAUCCAAACCAACUUCAUUGAUACCUGUAAAGACUACAACAAUACCUGUUCUUACUAAAAUGACUGUUCCAAAACCAGAACAGAAGGAAGAAGAAAAUAUCGAUGAUAAUGAAGGUUUUCAAGUUGUUACUUAUCGUAAACAUGUACCAUCGACAGCAACGCAUGAAAAAGUUCUACCACAAUCACCAACACUUAUAUCUAAAAAACGAUCUGGUUCUGAUAAUGAUCGUAAACAAGCAGCCCCUCGAAGAACUCAAGGUUCAUCAAUACCUGUUGCUACUACUUCCACUACUCGUCCUGUUUCACACACCAGUACAACAACAAAACAGAAAAUAUAUAGAAAAGAAACAACAUUAUCAGACGCUCCAUUAUCAUCAGCAUCGACUGAUAAUGAUAUCACUUCUUCGUCCAGUAUCGGCAAGAGCCGAUCGAAGGACAUGAAACAAAAACCGAUGGAUCAACCUACAACGAGUAGUAUUACAACAGAAUCGAAGUCUAUAUCUUCAACAUUCUUGACAACUAGUACUGGUCCUUUACUAACGGCAGAAAUCAAGAGCAAACCACUUCCAAAAAGUGAACAAACAAUUCUAGAAUCUCAAGCUCCAUCAUUAAUAAUAACUACUGUCGAAGAACCUGAAAUCAAAUCUGAGCCAAUCGUAUCAACACCAACGAAAACAACGACAACAACACUUCGUGUAAAAGCAUUAACUUCACCAGAAGAAGAAGAGGAAGAUAACGAAGGAUUUCGAGUAGUUCAUUAUCGAAAACGUAUAUCUUCGGCACCGAGAUCAGAGAAAACAUCACCAACAUUGCCACCACAAGGAAAUAUACAAAAUAUGGGUCGUAGUAUGGAUCCUAAAUCGGUAAUUAUUCAUGGACGUCAUGGAUCAGGAUCAAGUUCAAUACCACGUUCAAAUGCUGGUAACCAAAUGCCCUAUCACAGACGUCAACAAAUUAGACCAAAACAUGAUCGACAUCAAUUUCCACCAACCCAUCCUCCACGUUCACCUGCUUCACAAGAGUCACGUAUAACGCCAUUAUUUGGCACGGAAACUCGAACAGUUGAAUUAAUAAAACCACUAAUGAACGAUAUAUGUGAAAAAAUGAGUGAUGUUGCAAUUCAAUCACCAUCGAUCGAUCAAAAGUCACCGGAAGAAAUUUUAUAUGUACAACCAACAAUUAUUUAUGAGCCACCACAAGCACCGAGCAUUGAACAUCAAACUAUUCUUCCAGUCGUAAAAUCCAAACCAUCAGAUUCGAUUCAACAAGAAAUAAUAAAUGUUGAACAUCCAGCUGUUCUUGUUACUGUGCACCCAAAAUCAUCUGAUCAAGAUCAACAAAAAAAGGAAACCGAAAUAAAAGAUGAACCAUUAACUUCGAAAAUUUCGGCUCAUGUAAAUCAAUCUGUUCAGAAAGUUGUUGAAGAAUAUCUUACGUCAACAAAAGUCGAGACCAAAAGUCAAGUUCGACAAGUAGCUCCAACGAAAGAAAACAUUCUACCAGUCAUAGCUAGUACAAUUACAACUGAAUUUCAAAAACGUUCAUCAAUUGAAGACGAAGAUGAAGAUGGUUUUCGUGUAGUACGUUAUCGUAAGCAUGUACCUUCUUCGCCAACAGCAACGAUGGCAACAACAACGACAACGCCAUUUUCUAAGCCAUAUAGUCACAGUUCGGAUAGUGAAAAGAGCCAAUCAAGAAGUUCUAGGAAACAAAUUUCGUCACCAUCUACAGUGGCUUCUAUAGGAACUACUUCGCAAAGUAUGACUCUUAAGAAAAAACCAAAGAAAACUGAAGAAAAAUCUGCUGCAGCUGAUACAGCUUUACAUGCUGAUGUUCGUUCACCGCCAACUACCGAUACUGAUCUUGUUUCGUCAUCAAAAGAUGAACCUAUCACAAGAACAAUAACUAAACAUAUUGAAAAAGUUGUCGAAUCUCAAAUAAUAACCAAAGAUGUUUCUUCUCCUCUUCAUUCAGACAACCAAUCUAAAUCAACAAAAGAAGAUCAUAAACCAAUACGUCUUCCUGGACUUGUACAAAAAACAUCCGAUGAUACUCAAUAUCAAAUACAACCAACUGAAUCAGCAACAUUACUAUCAGUAGCAAGUGCUGAUACGAGUGAGGAUUCAUCAAAGAAAACGAAGAGAAAACAUAAACGUCCAAAACAAGAAUCCGCUAGAGUAGACAUAUCGACAACAUCCGAUGAAGUCUCUAGUACAACUGGCAAUAUUCCAUGGAAAAAAACGCUAACACCUUCAAUUCCAUCUCCAAAACCAGCUGUCGAAAUUUCAUUGACAUCCAGUCCAAUCGAGGAGAAAUCUGAUCAAGUUCUAUUAAAAGAACAAACUCUUCUAUCACAACCAACGAUACAUAUUGAAGAUGAUGAAAGUAAAAUAGAGGCCAGUAAAAAACAUCCGAAGCAACGAAAGAAAAAAUCACAGUCUAGUGAAAAACACGAUCAAAACGACAAUAGCUUAACUUCUUCAGCAAGCAGUACAACAGACAAAGAUAGUAGUAGUGCAACUAGAGCAACAUCUACGAAACCUACUGCAAUUGAGUCUACAACUCAAAGCCGUUUAAGAACUGAUGAUGAUAAGCACGAGUCCGAAUGGAUAGUAGCUCAAAGUAAAAAGAGAAAAUCAAAAGCAGUCGAAUCGCCCACUACACCUGAAUCGAGUGAACCAAAACUAUCACUCUAUCCUCAUUCAACACUACAGCCAGCAACAACAACGAAAAGUCCACCAGAAAAAGUGACUGAUGUUCAAUUUAAAUUUAAAAAAAGUGGUGAACUAGUCGUUACAAGUCAAGUACCAAUAGAACAUUCACCAACUGAAUGGGGUACAGUUAUAUUUCUAUCCGAUGAACAACCAAAUAUUUCACAAAAAGAUGAAAUUACGGUAACAACUGAAGAUAUUAGUUCACAACAACCAUCGGUGGUCAUUGAACAGCAACCGAUCAUUGAACAAAUAGUCGACAUAAUUUCUCAAACUGAUGAUGAAACUAAAAUAGAAUCAUCGCCACAAGCAAUCGAAAGUAGUGAAACCAGUGGUGAAGCUGAUUUAGAUGCUUAUCGUGAUCAAACUGGUCGUCUUCGUCGAAAGAAACCACGCAAACAUACAACUAGUCUAAGUAGUAAACCUGAAGAUCUACAAUCACCACCAACUACUGCUGCUGCUGCUGCUGCUGCUGCUGCUGCUACUACAAAUACUGAGCCAGAAUCAUCUGAAGAAACUAAAUUUGACCGUAAAACUACCAGCGAACAUUGGGCUAUUGUUUUAGACGCUCCAAUAUCGAAUACAGAUGACGAAGAGAAAGUUCAAGCUAAACUAAUUCAACAAGAAAAACCAACUGAAGAUGAAGACAGCAGUGAAACAAGUAGUAAAUUAGACUCAUUUCUACCUGAAUAUAUUCGUCAGCAAAUCAAAGCUGAAUCAUCAGCACGUUCAUCAUCUUUACCUGGUCAUCGUUCAAAAUCAUCAUCGAAUGAACCAACCAUGCCUGAUGUACAUACACGUACAACGCGUGCUGAAUUUCCAUCAACAUCACAUCAAUCAACAAGUACGGAUACAUCGGAAAAUGAAAGUCGAAAAUUUGUAGGUGAACCUCAUGAAGAAGAAAAUCAUUCAACAGAAGAUUCACGUUCUCUGUCGACAUCGAAUCAAAUUGAACAUGAUACAAUCAUAACGUCAUCUUCAUCCAUUUCAUCUGCUGCUGCACCUAAAAAAAAACAACGGCCUAAAAUGUUAAAAAAAGAUAUUGAAGCUACAACAUUAUUAACGCAUGAAUUUGAUGAUACACCAUUGACUAUCACUGAAAUUCAAGCAGCGUCAACAACAACAACAACAGCAACAACACAAGACGAUGAAUCAUUUUUAUCUUCAACAACUAGUCAAUCUAUUUCAGCGAUCACGGAUUCGGUGAUAUCAUCUUCAUUAUCUGCUCAUAAACAAACUCCCACUAAUGAACAAAAGACUCUUCAAUCGGAUGAGCCACUGUCAUCAAUUGAAGAACCGCCAACUAGUUCUAUUUUAACAAUUACAGAACCAACAACAACCAUAAUAAUGAGAAAAAAAGCAUCAACUCGUUCGCCUCGUAAACGUUCAAAACGAGACAGUGGUCCUGAUUAUGAAAAUGUAAUAACUCCAACAUUGGACGAUGUCGAACAAGCAUUUGCUGAUGAUCGAGUGAUGACAACAGCCGUUGAUAAUGAUCAAACAGAUUUUAUUAGAGUUGAAACUCAUAAGCAUCAAUCACGACAACGAACAUCAUCGGGUCGACAAAUCAUAAAUAGCCAAGAAGAUAAUGAACAACAAGCUAUAUUAGCUGACGAUGAAGAAGAUGACGACUUUGCUGUCAAACCUAUCGUAUUACAUGGAACUGGUGCCGGUACAAAUGUUCAAACACCAACUGAAUCGGCUAUUGAACAACACGAUUCAUCGGCAACAGCAACAGCAACAACAACAGCAAUAACAACAUCGAAAAAGAAACGACAAAAGAAGAAAAAUGCAACUGAAGAAGUUGAAUUCAUUGCAAAAAUACCCGAUGAAUUAAAAUCUGAUAAAGAUGAUACAUCAGUAUCAGAAGAACAACCAGAAUCACCUAAUGAACAAUUACGACCAGUUCAAGGUUUUCAUUCAUUUACACCGAAUAAAUAUCAAUACAAUCAAUAUGAAGAAGUACCAGCAGCUCCAACUGAACAAACAGUAACUUCAACGGCAAGUACGACAGCUACUACAGAAAAUAAAGAUGAAGUUUUUGCCCGUGGUUUUAAUCUAUGGUUAAAACAAAACAAUGACAAUGAAUCAAGUUCAACAGUAAAGAAAGACGAAACAGAAGAGCCAUCACAACAGCAACCAGAAGCAGUUAGUGGUUUAACUCGUGCAAUGCAGAGUCUCAUUAUUCAACCAGUUGAAAGUGACAACGAUGAAGAAGAAGAUGAUGAAGAUGAUUCAUGGAACGGACCACGAGCUAAAAAGCCAACGUAUACAACAGGUGCACGAGCCGAAAAACGAAUUCAUACAUCUAGUGGAUAUAAUGUAAAUCAUCCACGAUCAGUCGCUAUUUCACCUUGGCUAAUGCCAAAAUCAAACGAUAAUACAUAUCAAGAUGAUUCAUCGAAGUAUGAUCCAAAUGACUCAUCAAAAUAUGAUCCCGAUGAUGAAGAAGAUUCGAUAAAUGAUGCAUCCGAUAGAUUGCAGCUAUCUCAUCCAAUUAAUACACAAUUUUCGACAAAAGAAGAACGACAAAUACAUCUAAAUAGUUUAGCUGACUUAACAUUUCAAGCAACUACCAAUACUUUAUCUUCUUCGACAUCAUCAUCAUUAUCAUCAGCAGUCAAAUGGAAUGAAACACCAAUACGUACUGAUGAAACUGUUCCACUGCAGACAAAUUUUACCGAUGAUGACGUACAACGAUGUUUAGGCGAAGAUUUCUAUCGAGAAUCAUUAGCUGUAGAUCCACUUCAUGCUGAAAAACGAGCACUAGCAAGUUUAAGUGAUCUUGUUUUAAAGCCAACUCAGCAAUUAGAAGAAACAGACAAUGAUGACGAUGAUAUCGAUGAUGAUAGUCAAAGUAAUGAAAACAAUAAAAAUAAUAAUAAUAAUAAUACUUCAAAUAAUUUCGAUGAAUGGGGGCAUUUUCUUGACUAUGAUGAUGAACAAAACAUAAUUCUAUCAUCUGAAUCGACAUCAUCGAGAAUUCUUCAACCACGUGUAUUAACAUCCUAUGAAUGUUCAUAUGCACGAGAAUUAGAUGAUGAUACACUUGUAACUGACGCUGAUCGUUCACAUUUAAUAGACUAUACUCAGCAUUCAUAUGAACAUGAACGACAACGCUAUGGUGAUUUUGCGUGUACAAGCGAUGAUUCUAGUGUGACACAAUCGAUGACUAAUCCUUCUUCAAUAUUGACAAAUUCAAAUAUACCGAGACCCUCAGAAACAUUUCAGAGAUGGCGAAAUCAAUCAAAUCGUGAUCGAGACGAAUCGGAUUCACGCGUAACAACCAUAUCAACAGAAGAUCAAAAUGACGAUGAAAUAUUUGUAUCACAUACAGACGGCGGUCUUAGUCGACGAGUGAGACCAACACAAUAA